AUGGCGAAUGAGGUUUUGGUUUCAUGGAAUGCAAUACUAUCAGGUUACUCUCAAGAGGGAAAUCAUGGGCUUGAGGCGAUUUUUGUCUUUAUUGAGAUGGUGGGAGAAGGGAUGGGGUUAGAUCAUGUCUCAUUUACUAGUGCAGUUGCAGCUUGCGGACAUGAAAUGAGUUUAGAACUUGGGAAACAGAUACAUGGCUUGACAAUUAAAUCAGGAUAUGGAAGUCAUGUUUCAUGCAUGAAUGAUCGCAACGUAGUGUCUUGGACAACUAUGAUUUCAAUAGACGAAGAAGAUGUCAUCUCUCUGUUUAAUGAGAUGAGAUUGGAUGGAGUAUAUCCAAAUGAUGCUACAUUUGUUGGACUAAUCCAUGCUAUAUCAAUUAGGAAGUUGGUGGAAGGCGAAAUGAUUCAUGGGUUUUGCAUAAAGACUGGCUUUUUAUCAAAGCAUAAUGUUUGCAACAGCUUGAUCACCAUGUAUGCUAAGCUUGAGUCCAUGCAUGACUCCAUCAAAGUUUUUGAGGAGCUAAACUGCAGAGAAAUCAUAUCAUGGAAUGCUUUGAUUUCAGGGUAUGCUCAGAACGGGCUGUGUCAAGAUGCACUAAAAACAUUCUUGGUAGCAACUAUGGAGUCGAAGCCAAACAACUACACAUUUGGUAGUGUCUUGAGUGCAAUUGGUGACGCUCAGGAUAUUUCUCUGAAAUAUGGCCAAUGA